GCAACAUCCAUUGUUCACACAAUUCAACUGAUCUGUCCGAGUUGUGCUUAACGUCUUUUGACAUAUCCAGAAGCUGAACAUGCCAAGAACAUCUGAUGGUAAAGAAGAUGAGCCCGACAAGAAGGGACAACUUUGGAACAGACUUCAAUCUACCCAAACUCCAUUCAAUUGGGAUUUACCUGAACCACACAAAGAGAUUGAAACUUAUAUUAACAACCAAAAAGCAAAAUGCGAAGUUAUCGAUGAGGAUAACCAGUUCGAAUGGACAAGAUUUGUUUCCCGUCUUAUUCUGAGCUACGAACUGUGCAAGAUUCAUAACUACAUAGAAGCCCUGGAGUGUAUUAUCUGGUGCCAAGCUCAUUGGAACUCCUUGUCAGACUGUAAGGAGCCACUGUUCCGUGAUGUGAAAGAGGUCCUUGCUCACGUCAUCCUGGCUACCAAAGCUCGAAUUCUUUUGUCAGCUGGGAAAGACGAUUUGGCUGAGAAGGAGGUUAAUUUGCUGGAGAAUUGUUCAUAUGGUGAUGUCAGAGGUCUUCGUACCAAGAGGAACCGUGCGGGUUUGCUAGGAUUGAAGGCAGCUACAUACAUGCAAUACACUGCGGGAUAUAGCAAAGCCAUCGAGUUUGCUAAAGGUGCCAAGACACUCGACCCGGAUCAAGCAGAGUGGUGGUUCAUCAUUGGAGUUGCUCUUGGUAAGCUUCGAAGACGAAAUAACAAAAGAAUUUACCCAGAAAUAUCGAAAGAAGAGAUAGAAUCCAUUGAGAAGGCCUUUACUUUACAGAAGGAUGCUUCAUACACUGUAUAUUUGGCCGAAGUAUAUGCAGAUUCAUCCAAGAUAAUGGCUUCAAAGAAGCACACGGAAAGGUCUAAAUGUUACGUUGAAAAAGCAGAGAUGAGAUAUCGAGAGGCAUUAAAACUGCGGCCCAACUGCAUAAGCCUGAAGGCACGCGUCGCACAUGGUUUGUUAAUGGUGCAUAGUAAAGAUCCUAUAGUGAAAACCCUGCUGGAGGAAGUGGUUGCUGCUGCCCCAAACAGGGGCUCCCCUUACGCUGACUUGCAAAAGUAUUACAACGUUAUAGAAAAGGACGUUCAGAAAGCAAUUUUCUAUGGGCAAAAGGCAUUUGAUAUGGGGACGGCAACUGUUACGUUUUAUUUGACUUUAGCAAAAUGGAAUAAUGGCUACGAACAUAAGAUAAUUGAUGAUCUCAAGAAGGGGUUGACGAUUUACAAGCAUGACGUUGUCAACCAGGCAAUGCUAUAUGCUUACCUUGGCACUUGCUACCUACUUCUCGAUGACGACUGGGGGUCCGCAAUAGCAAGCUUCCAGAGGUCUCUAGAAUUGGAUCCGUCCGCAAAAAGUUUGGAGAAUUUUAGAGGAUUUGACUACAAAUUCGCCAAUCUCCUGGAUAUUGUCACUAAUCAUCUACAGUUCAACCCUAUUGAUGAAAUAGAAGACCAAGUAAACAGCUUUUUGUCAGAAGUCGCUAGAAAGAGACCGCAACAACUUCACAUUGCAAAAAUGAAUGAUUAUGUAUCGUGGAAGAGAAAAGUCAUAAGUAAAAAGAUGUGUCGACCUGUUGGGUUAUCCACACCCAAUCGUCGUUAUUAAAAUGUUGGGGAAACAA